AUGACUGAACUCGAGGGAGGUAGGGAGGAUAGGAGCGGUGGACAGCAAAGAAGGGUUUCAAUGGCAGUAGCUCUGUUUCACAACCCAAAGUUCCUUAUCCUAGAUGAGCCCACUGUAGGAUUGGAUCCACUCUUAUGCGAAAGCAUAUGGAAAUAUUUCAUUGAAAUAACGAAUGUGGAUCACAAGACAAUUAUCAUCACAACCCAUUAUAUUGAAGAAGCGAGAAAUGCACAUACUAUCGGUUUGAUGAGAAGUGGUAUUUUGCUGGCAGAAACAAGUCCUCUCCAACUCAUGGAAAUGAACAACUGCUCAAGUCUAGAGGAGGCAUUUCUCACUUUGAGCCAGAAGCAGGAAGACAUCCCUUCAGAUGAUACCUACCCUCCAGCAACAAAACAAGCAGACAUUUUUGAACCAGGUGCAAAAUGGCAUGGCAUAGAUUCGCUGCUCAAAUUUACAAAAACGUCUCAUGGACUAGGAGAAAUAUACCGUAAGGAGGGUCCUGCAGUUUUUAUGAUCACGGCCUUCAUGAUUCUGCUUCCAUUUCUGCUGUUCACAAUCUUCUUAGGAAUGCUGGGUAAAGAUGAGAUGGAUGUGACGAUAGCCGCAGUACAGGAUGAGGUCACCCCGGGCACUGAUGACUGCAACAACUCCCGACCAAUCAGGUCCAUCUACGGCUGUGUUGCUCAAAAACGCCUCAGCUGCGAAUUCAUCUCUUUUCUCAAGGAGAAGUCUUACACCAUUUUGAUGUACGAUAGUCUUGACGAGGGAAUCACAGCGGUGAAGAGAAACAAAGCAUGGGCUCUGCUCUAUUUCCACAAGAACUAUACAGAGAGUCUACUGGAGAGGAUUGACCGAGGCAAAAAAGCCUCCAAUAUGAGUCUUGCGAACAGCUUGCUUGAAGUCUAUCCUGAUAAUUCUAUUUAUUACAUUGCUCAAAAAUUAAGAUGGGACUUGCAUUCAGGAUUCAUGUCAUUCAUGGAGAAUUUUCUAAGAAAUUGUGAAAUCGAUGAUAGAGUUGUAAAGAGUCCUAUCACGGAAGGUGAAGAGAUUUAUGAAAGUAUUGCUGUAAGAUACAUUGGUCUGAAUGGAUAUAUCAUUGCGAUUCUCUAUUAUUUGGCUAUGGUUUACACAUCCAGUUCUAUGGUGUAUGAAAAAUCUAAGGGGUUGUUUGAGCGGACAAUGGUCACAGAUCCCACUUUGUCGACUCCCAGCACAUCAAAUCCCACAAUGGAUGAUGUCAAUAUGCCACGGGAGAGGGAACCUGAAAGUAUCAGUUCAAUAGUUCUCGACCCUCAAGGUUUGCACCAUCUGUCGUCCACUCAGGUCGAAGCCACCGACGCACCGCUGAACACUGUGGUAGCAGAUAUCAACGUCGAGGGGGGCAAAGAGGAGCCCGCGGAUCCAGCGUCCCAGGAGUCAGAAUCACAUCUGGCGAAACAAAGCAUGUUGUCAGGCACGAAAAUAGAUCCGUUAACAAAGAGUGUGGAGGUAUUCACUCUCCCACCUCCUCCACAAUCUCUGAGUGAAGCGAUUGACCUUUUCCCAACGAGACAGUCUGUGCUCGUUGACAUCACUCACGUCAAUUUCAGGAACCGCCAACAGAGGACGAUGAACAAGGAAAUGUCCGGGAGUCAGCGCCUCGUAGUCAUCAGGAGAUGA